AACAUUUCUCUGAGUUUUCUAAACGCGACGGCGAUUGCUAUUGUCUCCUUCUGAUUCCGGAGUAAUCGCUGAUGGAGUCAUUAUUGCAAACUUUUGAAGAAACGGCUGGGAUAUGUCAUCCAGAUUGCGUGAAAGCAAGCAAUGAGCAAGAAGAUUACGAUGCAUCUCAAUCUGCAGCUUUGAUAGCUGUGAGUCUGAUUAGCUCUGCACGGGUUAUCUUCAAGCUCGACUCUGAGUAUACUGAGUACUCAGCUCAGUAUUUGGUGGAUAACGUUGGGAAGGAAGAAGUUGAGGGAGAAAUGGAUCAACAAAGCUGUCAGUACACUGUUGAAAACCUCCUUCGGUACUUGGUGGAGAACGUUUGGAUCAAGAAGGAAGAUGGGCAGGGAGAAAUGGAUCAACAACGCCGUGAGUUCACUGUCAAAGACUGCUUUGAAUUUGCUUUUAAAAAAGGGCUUCCAAGAAGUGUGCAUUGGGCGCAUGUGGGAUGCACGUUCAAGGCUCCCCCAUUUGCUUGUCAAAUACCUCGCGUUCCCAUGAAAGGAGAAGUGAUUGAGGCUACAGAUUUGGGUGAAGCAUUGAAGCUGGGUAUGCAACAACCAGUGGGAGCAAGGCUGCAUGUGUUCAGUCCAGAGUUUGAUAGUGUUGGAGAGGGAAUUUACGAUGGGCCGUCAGGUAAUGGAACAAGCUAUGUUGGCCUUAGAGAUGUGAUCAUGGUUGAAGCGGAGAGGAUCAAGGGAGAAACUGUUGUGACUGUGCAGAUAUGCUACAAGAAGAAGACUUCAUUUGUCAAAGUGUCUACGAGAAGUAUGAUUCUCCCGCUUAAUGGUGACGACGAGUCUCAGGCUAGAGAGCCAACAUGUCUGCUUGUUGACUUCUGUAUCCCACGUUUCUCUAUCAACUAAACAAGAGAGCUGAGAUCUUGUUUGUGGUCUGAAAUUAAGAUUGUUUUAUGAGACUUUUAUCUGUGUUUUCAAAGAGUUGCUUAACUGGUCUCUGAUCCAUCUCACAUUCAUCAGUUAAUGAUCUAUUACUCUUGCUUUGUUUCUAAAUUAAAUAGAGUUAUAAGACAUUUGUGGUCGUAUAUAUGUGCUGGUAUAAUCAGUCAGUAAAAUGGGGUUAAUUUC